AUGAUAACACACUCAAACAGCCAUACGUUCUCCAGCCUGACACCAGGAGUGGAGUAUUGCUUCCUCGUUUCCACACAACUGAAGAAUGGAAUGCAAAGCAAAUCUGUUGUGAUCCCUGCUCAGACCGACCCCAUCCCUCCUGAAAAGAUACACAUUUCUCAGGUCACUAGUGACUCGGUCUCUCUGAGUUGGGACACACCAGCUGGUGAAGUGGUGGGUUUCAGUGUGAGCUGUUCCUGUGAUGGGAUGACUGUCCAAGAGAUGACAACACACUCAAACAGCCAUACGUUCUCCUGUCUGACACCAGGAGUGGAGUAUUGCUUCCUUGUUUCAACACAACUAAAGAAUGGAAUUUUAAGCAAGUCUGUAAUGACUUCUGCAUACACAACCCCCGUCCCUCCUGAAAAGAUACAGGUUUCUCAGGUCACCAGUGACUCAGUGUCAUUGAGUUGGGACACACCAGCUGGUGAUGUGUGGGGUUACAGCAUGAGCUGUUCCUAUGGUGGGAAGAUUUUUCUAGAGACGACCACACAGUCAAACAGCCAUACGUUCUCCUACCUGACACCAGGAGUGGAGUAUGUAUUUCUUGUUUCCACACAACUGAAGAACAGAAUCCUAAGCAAGUCCGCUGUGAUCUCUGCCCACACAAAGCCCAUCCCUCCAGAAAAGAUACACAUUUCUCAGGUCACUAGUGACUCAAUGUCUUUGAGUUGGGACACACCAGCUGGUGACGUGUGGGGCUACAGCAUGAGCUGUUCCUAUGGUGGGAAGACUUUUCAAGAGAUGACCACACAGUCAAACAGCCAUACAUUCUCCAGCCUGACACCAGGAGUGGAGUAUUGCUUCCAUGUUUCCACACAGCUGAAGAACGGAAUUCAAAGCAAGUCUGUGGUGACCUCUGCACACACAAACCCCAACCCUCCAGAAAAGAUGCAAGUCUCUCGUGUCAGUACUGACUCAGUCUCAUUGAUUUGGGACACACCAUCGAGUGAAUGGUGGGGUUACAGUGUGAGUUGUUCUUGUGAUGGGGAGGCAGUUCAAGAGAUGACAACACACUCUAACAACCAUACGUUCUCCAGCCUGACACCAGGAGUGGAGUAUUGCUUCUGUGUUUCCACACAACUGGAGAAUGGGGUCAUGAGCAAGUCUCUUAUGACCUCUGCACACACAAAGCCCAUCCCCCCAGAAAACGUACAAGUUUCUCAGGUCACCAGUGACUCAGUCUUUUUGAGCUGGCUCACACCAGCUGGUGUAGUGGGGGGUUACAGUGUGAGGUGUUCCUGUGAUGGGAAGAUUGUCCAAGACAUGACAACACAUUCAAACAAUCAUACCUUUUCCAGUCUGACACCGGGAGUGGAGUAUUGCUUCCUUGUUUCCACACAGCUGAAGAACGGAAUCCUGAGCAAGUCUGUUGUGACCUCUGCACACACAAACCACCUCAAACUCCAUGAGUUGGGAGAUCUGUUGCUUGAGUUAGAGGCUGUAAAGCUGAAUGGAUAUUUGCCUGGUCUGAGCUAUUUUGACACCGCCAGAGGAGUAGGACCCAUUGUUGAGAAGCUACUCUUUUAUCUCCGGGAGAAGUGGAUGUCAGUAGGGUCAAAAUAUAAGGACGAGUUCAGAAUGCUCGACCUGGGCUGGGUUAUCAUAGGCGAGGUUUGCUAUCAGAGGACCUGCAAACCAGAUGAGGUCAGACUGCAGUACCAACUUCGUAAGGGCAGCCAAGUAACAUAA